AUGCCGAAGCCGACGCUGCUGCUGCGCGGGGGCUGGGAGCGCGAGCGCAGCCCCGGGGACUCGGAGCUGGGCCGCCAGUUCCGGGACUGGUGCCUGCGCACCUACGGCGACUCGGCCAAAACCAAGACGGUGACACGCAGCAAAUACCAGCGGAUCGCCGAGGUCCUGCAGGGCGGUGGCGGGACCGGCGCGGGCAGCGGCCCGGCAGCCGGCGAGAAAGGCAAGUUCCAGUUCUGGGUGCGCUCCAAGGGCUUCCGCCUGGGCAGCGGCCGGGAACCCAAGAUGGGCCAAGUGGUGUAUGUGCCGGUCAAGACGGGCUCGGGGGCAGAUGGCCUGUCGGAGCCGGAGGGCAUCUCUCUGAAGCGGGUCGCUGUGGUGGAAGAUUUCUUUGACAUCAUCUACUCGAUGCAUGUGGAGAGCUCAGCGGAGCCAGGCAAAGCCCCCAAGCACGCUGGGCAGAAGAAAACCUACCGAGCGAUCGCAGAGACCUAUGCCUUCCUUCCACGAGAAGCCGUGACCCGGUUCCUGAUGAGCUGCACGGAGUGUCAGAAGAGGAUGCACUUUAAUUCCAAUGGCCUGGAGCCCAAAGAAAACGAGCCUCCCUCUCCUCUGGUCUCCGGGAUCAUCGAUUACAACAUGCCCCUCACCUCCACAUACCUGAAGCAGAUGAAGCUGCGUGUGAUGAAUUCCCAAGAGCAGGAUGAAACUUCUGUGAGCAGUGAAGAUUUUGAUAUGAACGACUCCACAUGGAUGUCAGCUGACCCACACCUGGCCUCCAGCCUGAGCCCCAGCCAGGACGAGAGGAUGCGGAGCCCGCAGAACCUCCACAGCCAAGAGGACGACGACUCCUCCUCCGAGAGCGGCAGCGGCAAUGGCUCCUCCACCCUGAACCCGUCCACCUCCAGCAGCACACAGGGUGACCCCGCCUUCCCCGAGAUGAAUGGCAACGGCGCCGUGGCUCCCAUGGACUUCACCGCCACCGCUGAGGAUCAGCCCAUCAACCUGUGUGACAAGCUCCCGCAGGGCUCGGCACUCGGCACACCCUCCUACCCCUCAGAUGGCUGCGGCGCCGAUGGACUGCGGAGCCGCGUCAAGUAUGGGGUGAAGACCACCCCCGAGUCCCCACCGUACAGCUCGGGGAGCUACGACUCCAUCAAAACCGAAGUCAGUGGCUGCCCUGAGGACCUGACAGUGGGCCGGGCCCCCACCGCAGAUGACGAUGAUGAUGACCACGACGACCAUGAGGACAAUGACAAAAUGAAUGACUCUGAAGGCAUGGACCCAGAGCGCCUUAAGGCCUUCAACAUGUUCGUGCGUCUCUUCGUGGACGAGAACCUGGACCGCAUGGUGCCCAUCUCCAAGCAGCCCAAGGAGAAGAUCCAGGCCAUCAUCGAGUCGUGCAGCCGGCAGUUCCCUGAGUUCCAGGAGCGAGCCCGCAAGCGCAUCCGCACGUACCUCAAAUCCUGCCGGCGCAUGAAGAAGAACGGCAUGGAGAUGACCAGACCCACACCACCCCACCUGACCUCGGCCAUGGCAGAAAACAUCCUGGCAGCUGCCUGUGAGAGCGAGACAAGAAAAGCAGCCAAAAGGAUGCGCCUGGAGAUCUACCAGUCCUCUCAGGACGAGCCCAUAGCCCUGGACAAGCAGCACUCCCGGGACUCCGCAGCCAUCACCCACUCCACCUACUCACUGCCAGCCUCCUCCUACUCCCAGGACCCUGUCUAUGUCAACGGUGGCCUCAACUACAGUUACCGCAGUUAUGGGGCCUUGGGCAGCAACCUGCAGCCCCCUUCCUCCCUCCAAACAGGAAAUCACAGUAACGGGCCCACAGACCUCAGCAUGAAAGGCGGGGCCUCCACCACCUCCACCACGCCCACGCCCACGCCCUCCAGCAACAGCACCAGCCGGACCAUGCCCACCGCCCAGCUCAGCCCCACGGAGAUCAGUGCUGUGCGGCAGCUCAUCGCCGGCUACCGGGAGUCUGCUGCCUUUCUGCUGCGCUCGGCAGAUGAACUGGAAAACCUCAUUUUACAGCAGAACUGACCCCGCGGCACCUGGAGUGCACUACACUAGGGAAGGAGGCCCUCCCAGCCCCGGACCGGCUUCCCGCCUCACCAGUUGGUACCUUUUGUGUUUUGAAAGAGGUGGAUCCAGAAGAGCUGUUUCUAGCCACACUCCAAGCGCCUGAGACUCUGGGCACAAGGACACUUUUUUUUGGAAUCUCACCACACGGGUGCUCUGACCUGCUUGGAAGAGGCCAACGGGGCAGCUUUGGAAGGGCUGGGGCUCCCCCAACAAGGCGCUGGGGCCGCAGCUCUAUUUAGAAUCAUCUUCGUGGACCCUGAUGUUAGAAUCCCACCCCCAGAUAAUUACCUUUCAAGUCUUAGGUGAGCAGAAUUGCAUAUUUAUUGAGAAAAACAAAGUGGACCCUUUCUUCCUCUCCCCUUAGUAAUUUAUUUUUCUGAAAAUGGAUUCUUUUGUGUUUGUACAGAUUGCCAGUCUGUGUCUGUCUGAUCAGAAGGAUGUGUCCCUGUGACCUAACAUUCCAUAUCACUACACUGGCACGGGCUGUGGGCCAGCAGGGUGGGGGGCUGUGGGGGGCAUCGGGCUGGCUGUCCCUCUGAAUGUCCAGCACCGCCAGGCAGGAGGGCCUCACCCACACCCGCUGCAGAGCAAAGACAAACAAACGGCUCCCCCACCCCCAUUCCAGACCCCCCAGUCACAUGGUCACCUGUAUUCUACCUCACACUCCAGCGUGGGCUUUCUCCAGGAUGUGUCCUGAGCCUGUUCUGAGCGGCUGUCUCCCAGCUUCCUCACACUGUGUGUCUCCUGGGAGGUAAGUCCAGGUGGGAGGCCAGGAGCUGGAGCCCAGAGAGGACCUUGGCCCUCGUGAGCAGCAGCUUGCCCUCCCCUGGCCUCGGCGUUUGACAGGACAGAGUGCUGGGAGACAGCAGCCGGUCAGCAGGGCCCUCGCCCUCACCUUGUCCCCAGGGAGCCAGGUCCGGGCCCCUCGGACACCUACCGGGAAGGGCCCAUUUCUUCCAGGGUGAGCCCUGGCUGUCAGGCAACCAUGGAACAGGAAUGGCAGCUAUGAGCUCCCAGUGGACUGCAGCUCCCGGUCUCCUCCCACUGUGGUUGGAGUAAAGGGAUCAUUAGCAGAAGUGGAGAAGCCACUUGGGUUCUCCUAGGACCAGCCCUUCUGAAGGGACCAAUCCUGGAAGAAACCCAUAAACCCUGGAGUGUGAAAAAGGGCAAAAAGAAAAGGCUGGCCUGGUUUCCUUCCUCCCCAGUAGGCACUUCCUCUUGCUCAGUGCAAUACCUACCAGUGCUGCUAAAACCAGGGACUUGCCCAGACCUCACAAGGCCCACGGGGCCUCUCCAUGCAACACUCCGUAGCCAUGACAGCAGCUCUCUGCUGCCCGCCCCUGCCCAGAGCUGGCAGACGCCCUCUGUUGCCUGUCCUCCCUCAGAGCAGAGAGGUCCCAGGGGAGCCAGGUGGCCCUUAGCUUGAGAGCCACUUGACCGCAAAGCAGGCACCUCUUCCCAAACCAGCUUUUCUGCAGCCAGCUGCCUCCUGGCACUGAGGCAGACCACCCUCAGGAGGGGCGGGGAGGGGGCGGCCUCCGGGGUGGAUGCCUCACCACCUCGGAUCCAGAAGCUCUGAAGGGUGGGGUGCCCCGCCCCCUGCUUGCUUCCAGGCCCUAGAGGUUGAGAGUGGUCUUUUCUCUCUCAAGUGGCCUCCAGCACCCCACCCAGCCACACCACCUCUGCCUUCCAUCUGACCAGUCCCCAGGCCUCCAGCUGGGGCCAGGACCCCAAGACUCACCCUUAGCACAGCACAAGCUCCAAUGCCCAAGGCCUCUCCCCACCCCCGCCGUCCACGUGUCCGGCCCCCACCUGCUCAGUACUACUCCCAGACGUUUGAAUUUGUGUAAAUAUUUAUUUUUGUGUGUGAACAAUACUACAAAGUAAUCAGUAGAUCUUUUGCAAAGUGUUACCCCAGGCAAUUUGUGAAAAUCUUAAUGUUGAAAACUGGCAGAGACAAUCGCCGCCUUAGAAUUCUCGAUACCAACUGCUUAACAAGUCAUUUCUCCUCCUGGAGGCAGUACCCAGGCCAGGCACAAACGGUUCGCUUUUCUAACAGACAGGAGUAAGAAAGACUGGGGAAGGGGCUCCUGCCACCCAGCCCCCACAAGGGAUUAGACCUGAAGAUCAGUAUAAGCUACAGUUUGAAGUCGCGUUUUUCUGAGUCAAGCUUGUCCUAACUGACCACCUUCAGCCGGCCUUAGCACCGCAGUAAGGGUGUAGGUUCGGUGUGUUUCCAAGAGAAGGGAAGUGAAUGCUAGUGGUGAAGGUCCACGGGGGCUCCCAGAGCCUCUCCAGGAUGGUGGAUCCCAUCCCGUCAGCCCCGCCUCUUGGGCAGGGGGCUCCUUCCUAGUGAAGCUGCACGUGAAGCCCUGGUGGUGGCAGAAUCAGGAGCAAGUCACGGUGUGGAAACAGGAUUCCAUUAGCUAGUUUGGUCAGGGAACUUGUUCAGUUUUGCUUUUGUUUUAAGAGAUGCAGCUUCAACCCCAUCCCUCUCCUCCUGACUUGGAGAGCACCAAAGAGCUGGUUCUGCUGAACCUAGCUCGCUGCCGUCCCGCUCGCCCCAGGGACUGCCUUCUCCCAAAGGGAGUGUCCAGAGCCCUGCCCCACAGCCAUUUAAAGUUUUUAUGGAGGGCCUCAGGGCACAAAUUAAUCAUGUGGGAUCCUAGGUUUAAAAGGUAAUGCAAGAGAAGAGUACAAUUCCCAAGUCUUCGCAGGGGGUGAACCCCACGAGGAGGGUUGGAACAGAGGAGAAAUGGGAACCUGGUCUUAGUGGUGGAUCAUCUGGUAGACCAGUAAGGGUGAACCCAUCUGAGAUUCAUCUUACCGUCGCCACUCAGACAGACAGUUUAUACCCAAGGACAGUGUGGAGGGGGAGGAAGGCAGGCAGGGGGCUAGAAGGGUUUUAGAGGAUUACCAACAGGUGGAACCCAGCCAUCCCUAUUCCCAAGGGCCACUUACGACUCCAGGGGUGGUUAUAGGAUUAACUACCAGUUCAUUUUCAAAAUGCUGCUUUGAACUCAGAGGGUUGAUACUUUUAAUUUGUAAUUUUUUGUAAAACUUUUUACAAGAUAGUAAAGUAUUUCACCAGAAUACCAGUUUCAAUCCGUCCAUGGUCUGAUUUUUAUAUAAUUUAGUGGUGCUUUAGAAACUUUGUUUUUGUUGUUUAUGAGCUAAACAGCUCAGUCCUUUUUCGCCUGUAUCUACCUAAGACCAAUGUGAACCUUUGUAUUUUUGCUCCUAAUUUUGGACUCAGUGAAAGUGUACUGUUUACAUGUACAGACGCCCCGGUCCCUGUGUGUCCUGCAAGACUCGCCCUUGAGGAGGAAGGUGCACCUCACUAAGCUCAUCUGCUUAGCAAAGCCACAAAACCAAACCUCUCACUUUUUACCUGUUUCCACCUAAAAACAAAAACAAAAAACCUACAUCACACUGAACUCAGAUUUGCUGAAAAACACUUUGAUAAGCUCAGAAAAAUCUUCUGCAUGCAGCAGAUGGCCCACACGCCUCUGUCACGUGGUCCAUUUGGGAGCAAGGCUCAGAACGGAGACUUCCUGUGGGCCGCUAGUGGGUAACUGCGUGGACUCGUGAAAAGUGAAAGCAGGACUUGGCUGUAGAGCUGGGGCUGGAGAGAGCUCUUCCCCAGUAGCCUGGGAGUGGGAAGGUCACAUUGACUCAUGGGACCUUCAGGGUCCAGCCACCUAGAAUUUAAGGACAACCCAAGAGGUUGCCAAUCCUCUGGCAUAAUUUAAGACACGUUUGGGAAGAGCGCAAAUCCCCUAACCUGAGAUGAGACUUUAAGACUUUCCAGGGCCCCCUGGAGGCAGCUUGUUCAUGAGGCAUCACUUCUGGGGAGGGGCAGGGGGCUCCAGACAGUAAGCAUGUGGCACUUAAGGCAAACAGGAUGGCAGCAACUUUUAAAGGUGACUCUUUAUUACUUAAUCAAUGGCUUCACCUCUAAAUUAUAUUUUUACAGAUAUGCACCUAUGCAACUUAAUGUGGCUCUUCUAAGCAGGUGAGGACUUCCUCCUCAAUGCUCCAUAAAAAUUAUUUGUGUUCUAUAUAGUGAGUUUUUCCAGUAAAUGUGGCUUAAUAUUUUAAUUCUUAGAAUGUGUCUUCUUUAUGUGAUGCAACUAAAUUCUGUUCUGUUUGUGGAAUGACUAGCACAGGCCAACUCCCUCUCCCCUCACUUAACAAAAAGACCAAUGAGCUGUUAAUCGAGCUGUUAUCUCCAUGGUAUUACUUGCUAAAUGCACUGAUUUCAUAAGUAUGUGGAAUCCUUUUUCUUUUGAAUCUGUAUAUCAUAUAUAAGACUGAAUCUACUUAAUAAACACUGAAUAACAAA